AAUUGCGCUCAUUCCCCAAAUCCACGCGAAGUCCGUCACCAUGUCGACGGAUGUCCGCGCCGCUGCGGCCAUGCUGCCGUCCAUGGCGUCGCAUUUCAAUCCUGCGUACAGCGUGCAGUGCAACAACGACGAUGACGGGCGACCGAGCUACUACGAGCGCAAUCGUGACCAAGUCCGGGAGAACCAACGGCUGUACCGCGAGAGCAACCGCGAUAAAAUCCGCGCCAUUCACAAAGCGUACUACCUGAAGAACCGCGCCAAGAUCACUGCGUACAAACGCGAGCGGUGGCAUCAGAAGAAAGCCGGCGCAAAUGGCAAGCAACAGAGCCGUUGCAGCUCCGACCUGCCCACUACUUGCUCGAGCAUCUCCCCACAAUUCGCCACCUCGGGUCUGCCCAAACUCCCCCCCGCCCGCAUGCCACUGCAUAUGCUGCUCAACCCCGUGACCUCGGACGAAUGACGAUGGGAUUAUUACUCUUCGUGCCCAACCACCUAACUUAAUCCCGAGCUCGUGCAUAUACUACUCCCGAGAGUUUCGAUUUGUCUUGACACCACCGUUGAAUGUUCAUCUCUGCAGCCACGGGUGGGCUCUGUUCGCUG